CCAGUCAGAAAAAAAAGCGGCUUUUACUGGAACGAGCUCACCCGUGAAUGCGCCUCCGAGAAGUUAAAACAGCUGUCUAUCUGCAGAACACGACACGGGGCCACGGAGAUACCGAGAUAAUGCUGUUGUUACGCCUUGUUCUGAGGGCAAAGAGUCAAAGGAAGUAGUUUUGUAUUGUUUAUUCUCCUGCGCUACAUUGUAAAGUGUUUUCCAACAAGAAGUCGCGGAUUCAUGAUUUGUUUUUGUCCAGAACCGAGGAUAAGGCUAUACUGACGGGGUCUCGAGUUCUCGAAUGAGAUUUUAAGGGUCCAGAAGCACUUUUUGUAAUAAGGAAUGGCCACGGCACGGCUGGACUAUAUCGCUCCAUGGUGGACAUACUGGCUGCACAAUUUCCCCCACUUCAACUUCACCUUCCAGCCCGUUGAUAACACCUUCAGACCCGGGGAGGCGAGCUACCAGCAGUCUCUGUUCUUCCUAGCCUGUAUAUCAGCUGCUGGACUAGUCCUGAGCCUCCUGCUGCUGUCUGUCUACCUGACCAGUGUGUGCUGCUGCAGGAAGGAGGAGGAGGAGGAGACCAAGAGGCCUGACUCCUGCUGUGUCUCCUGGACCGCUGUCAUCACUGGGCUCAUCCUAUGCUCUGCUGUUGGAGUGGGUUUCUAUGGUAACAGUCAGACCAAUGACGGGGUGUACCAGCUGACCUACUCCCUCCACAAUGCCAACCACACUCUGGGUGGCCUCAACAGCUUGGUCUCCAAUUCUCUGGGCAGUAUGGAGGUGGGUCUGCAGCAGCACCUGAAUCGUCUGGAUGAGAUCUUUGCUGCGCGGGGAGACUAUGUCCAGGCCUUGAGGUUCAUGGGUCAGAUGGCUGACAACAUCAUCAGACAGCUGACCGCCAUGCCGGACCUCAGCAAGGCCAAGGUGGACCUGUCGGCCAUCGCUGAUCAGACAGAUCACGUAGAAUACUACAGGUGGCUGACCUACCUGCUACUGCUGAUCCUAGACCUUGUUAUAUGCCUGUUGGCCUGUCUGGGGGUGGCAAAGCAGUCCCGGUGGCUAAUCACCAUGAUCAUGGUGUUUGGGGUGAUAUCUCUGGUCCUGAGCUGGGCAUCACUAGGAGCAGGCACUGCUACUGCCGUGGGCACCAGUGACUUCUGUGUGUCUCCAGACAAGUUCAUAGCAAACAGGACCAAGGAGUUCCUCAGUGCAGAAGUGACACACUACUACCUGUAUUGCAGUCAGAGUCUACCCAACCCUUUCCAACAGUCUCUGACUAUCUUCCAGAGGUCUCUGACCACCAUGCAGAUCCAGAUACAAGGACUACUGCAGUUCUCUGUACCUGUCUUCCCUACUGCUGAGAGAGAUCUUCUGGGCAUCCAGCGCCUGCUGAACUCCACAGAGUUCAACUUGAACCAGUUAACAGCCAUGCUAGACUGCAGGGGGCUCCAUAAGAACUACCUGGAUGGUCUGAUGGGGGUGUGUUAUGACGGGGUGGAGGGUCUCCUCUACCUCUGCCUCUUCUCUCUGCUGUCGGUCAGUGCCUUCUGUGCCAUGCUGUGUGCCAUCCCCCGGGCAUGGACCCUCAUCACCAGCAGGGACAGGGCCUAUGAUGACAUCGAUGAGGAGGAUCCGUUUAACCCCCAGGCCCGUCAUAUGACCUUCAACCCCAGCAGAGCCAGCCAUGUACACAGCUUCUGUAGCUACAGCAGCAGUCUGGACGGCCAGGCCAGUCCACACCCUCCACCACAGACUGCUGCCAUCCUCCCCACCUCAGAGUACAUGAAUCAGUCCAUGCUGUUUGGAGGGAACCCUCGUUAUGAGAACGUUCCUCUGAUCGGGAGGGGAUCCCCGCCACCCUCGUAUUCUCCCAGAAUGAGAACUACCUACCUGUCUAUGACUGACGCACAGAUCAGACACUUUGGGACAGACUUCCAGCAGGUAUAGCCCCCAACUAUGGCCUACUGGUCCCCCUCAAGAAGGGUCUGUCUGGGACUACCACUGUACUGAGGACGGGUCUGUCUGGGACUACCACUGUACUGAGGAAGCAGAGUUUACAGAUCACCCUGUCCAUGGAUGUCUCACCCUGCUCUCCUGGCCAUCUGCUACUUAAAUGCAGGAGGUAUGGGGUCAACAAUGGCUCAGGAACACACUGACACUCUCAAAGUCCUGUACUGUACGUGUAGAAACCAGGAGACUACAUAGAACCCUGAGUGUAAAGUGCACUUGCAUCUCUCCCCAAACAAACCAACAAUUCAGUUAUGUGUUUUCUUCAAAUGUGAGUGUUCGUCUCGAGCCAGAUCAGAAGACAUGAUUGUUAUGAACCAAGUUGAACGUUUAUAUAUUUUCCUGUG